AUGUCCAGAGCGCCCCCUCCUGGCAGCGGUGGUAGAAUGCCCUACACAGCCGGAUCAUCAGGCAACAACCCUCGAAUGCCCCCGGGGCAAGGUCGGCCACCGCCAGGCGGCGCAUAUGGUGGAGACUACGGGGCUUCUCAAGGAUACGGUGAUGCUCGAAUGAACCAAGGGGCUGGUCCCCGAUCACCUGGUAUGCCGAGAUAUCAAGAGAAAGGCCCGACAGCUCCUGGCGCGGGUCGAAGAGUUCCUUUGAGGGUUGAAAAGGUUUCUGAUAAGACUUUGCAGUCCCGACUGAUAUAUGGCAAUCUGUGUGCUGUUGCUCCGGAAGACUUCCCACCCAGCCGAGACGGUACCGAUCUGUACGUCCUGAUACGAGGUGGUCAGCCGGAAGGAGAAUAUGUCGUUGCAGCAAAACCUAUCCAGGGCUUCCCCCAGGGUUGUAUCAGUUUGACCGACCCCCAGCGAACUUGGUGCAACAUUACCAUCAGAGACACAUUUUCCGGCGAGAUCUACGACCCUUUUGCGUCGGGCGGCAAGGCAUACCUGGGAUCGGUAGACCUGGAAAUCGGCUUUGCGUCGCCCAGCAAAAGGACGGAGGUUCCGUACGAUGAGGAUGAGCUCGCCAAGAUAUUCACAGAUACGUACGGGAAUCAAAUUCUGGCGCCCGGGCAAAGGAUCUUGAUGGAUGUCCGCAAUAUUCCUUUGCUCAUUAUUGUAAAAACUGUCGGGCUAGUUGACCUCGCCAUGAUGUCGGAUGAUGCCGGCAAGCAGGUGUACAGAGAAGGACACGCCAGAGGCAUACUUACCAACCAGACCAGAGUGCUGUUUCACCGCGAUGGAAAGGGCGAUUUCAAUCUCAAGCCUUCCAUGUCAAAGCCCAACUCCAACGCCAUCUUAGCACCGGAUUUCAAGUUUGAGGACAUGGGCAUUGGCGGUUUGGGCAACGAGUUCUCGACCAUUUUCCGUCGAGCCUUCGCCUCGCGUGUUUUCCCUCCUGGCCUCGUAGCCAAGAUGGGCAUUCCCCACGUCAAGGGAAUGCUGCUGUACGGUCCUCCCGGCACGGGAAAGACCCUCAUUGCUCGGCAGAUUGGCAAAAUGCUCAAUGCCCGCCCACCCAAAGUCAUCAACGGGCCCGAGGUGCUCAACAAAUACGUCGGUCAGUCCGAAGAGAACAUUCGGAAGCUGUUUGCGGACGCCGAGAAGGAGUACAAGGAAAAGGGAGACGAAAGUAGUCUCCACAUCAUCAUCUUCGACGAACUCGACGCAGUCUGCAAGCAGAGAGGGUCUGGUGCCGGUGGUGGCACUGGUGUUGGCGACAGCGUGGUGAACCAGCUGCUCUCCAAGCUCGAUGGCGUUGACCAGCUCAACAACAUCCUGCUCAUAGGAAUGACCAACCGAAAGGACAUGAUUGACGAUGCGCUGAUGCGGCCAGGGCGGCUUGAAGUCCACCUGGAAAUCUCGCUACCAGACGAACCCGGACGGCUCGAGAUUUUCAAUAUCCACACCUCCAAAAUGAGAGAAAACAAUAUCCUUCAUCCAGACGUCAAUCUGCAGGAGCUCGCCGGCCUCACCAAGAACUACUCUGGCGCGGAAAUCAACGGUGUGGUAAAGGCGGCCGCAUCAUUCGCCUUUUCGCGGCACACCGAGGUCGGGCAGAUGGCCGCUGUCAAGCAGGAUGUUGCGAGCAUGAAGGUCAACCGUGCCGACUUUAUGAAUGCCCUGACCGAAGUGAGGCCAGCAUACGGUGUUUCCGAAGCCGAGCUCGAAGAUGCGGUUCGACUUGGCGUCAUCCCUUACAGCCAACACAUCAACUCGACCGUCCAGGAGAUGAUGCGGGUUGUGGGCAUGAUCAAGGACGACCCCAACAAAUUCAGCACGUCGGUGCUUUUCCACGGACCCCGGGGGGCAGGGAAAACGGCUCUUGCAGCUCACAUUGCAAUGCAGUCCGACUUUCCGUUUGUCAAAAUGGUUACGCCAGCCGAUCUUGUUGGCUAUCGGGAUGAUUUUGCAAAGAAGGACUAUGUGCACAAAGCGUUUGCGGAUGCUUAUAAGUCGCCUGCAUCCAUCCUUAUCCUGGAUGACUUUGAACGCCUGAUUGGGUGGAAUCCCAUCGGACCUCGCUUCUCCAACGUGAUGCUCGAGGCUCUUACCACUCUGAUUGUUUCGAAACCACCGAGGAACCACCGUCUCCUCAUCUUUGUCACGACAUCCAAAGCCUCGGUUCUCAAAAUGCUCGAGAUUGACGGCGAUUUCGCAAAGAAGGUUGCCGUGCCAGCGGUAUCCAGUGUGCGCGAGCUGGCAACCAUCCUUCAGGAGUCCAGGGUCUUCAACUCUGGAGACAUCAACCAGGUGAUCAACAUGGUGCAGCAGCGCACGGGGUCUAGUAGCAUCGGGGUUGGUAUCAAGACUAUUCAGGACUGCAUCUUUGAAGCCAAGGCCGGCGGACCCAACUCGGACGUCCUGGAGACGUUUUCAGAACUGCUGCUGGAGAGGAUACAGGAGAUGACGGGGUAG